UCAAUGCUUGCAGCGCACUCUACAUAAACUUGCUCUCUUCGACUGAAAAUUGUCAGAUUUUUCACAUUGAAAUCAUCAAACCAGUUACAAUGAACGCGGAAAAGUUGAAGAAACUGCAGGCUGAGGUGCGUAUCGGUGGAAAAGGAAUGCCCCGUCGCAAGAAGAAGAUUGUGCACACAAAUUCCGCAGUGGACGAUAAGAAGUUGCAGCUGUCUCUUAAAAAGCUAGGUGUGAAUACCAUCCCGGGAAUUGAAGAAGUUAAUAUGAUCAAAAAUGAUGGCACUGUUAUCCACUUUAAUAAUCCCAAGACACAAGCCUCGCUCGCUACCAACACAUUCGCCAUCACUGGACACAGCGAAACAAAGCCGAUCACAGAAAUGUUGCCUAGCAUCAUCUCUCAGUUGGGACCGGAAGGACUUAACCAAUUGAAGAAAUUGGCAAGUGCUGCCGUUGCCGAGGACGACGAUGAUGUGCCCGAAUUAACGGAGAACUUUGAGGAAGCCUCCAAGAAAGAGGUCGAAAAUCUUACACAGAAAGUGCAGGAAAUUCCUGUUUCAUAAGCCAAACGUGCGAAAAUUGCGCUUUUCUGUCCUCGGCACUGGUUCAGCAUUUCAAUAAAUUGCCUAUUUAAAGGUAUAUUUUUCCAAUCAAUUCAAUCAUCGACAAGGAGCUAGUUUCGAGAUCAAUCCGAUCAGUCCGGAACGUUGAUUUUUGUGACUUGUUCGCCCAAUUUUUUCGUGCCCCACGAAAGAUUCGCCCUCAGCUAGGUGCAGUUUUCAUAAAUCGAUGAAUGCUGUUGAAAAAGUCAACUACAAAACUGUACUUGCCGAUGACUUGUAAAUAACAGUGAGAAGGAAAAUCGCCCCUUAAAUUGAUAUAACAGCAACAGCAAAAAGUAAAGAAUUCUUCGUUAUGAAACACAUUUUAAUAAUCAAAUAAAGGAAAGAAGAAUAGAUUUAAGUAAACAGAAAA